UACGCAGUGCCUGACGUCACGACGUAGAGCCUAGCAACAGCGCAGGUUCCGGGCAGAGUCCGUUAUGGCCGCUGUCGCUGUGAGGAGGAUGAGUGGGGCCGUGCGAGCGAAGCUGCCGCCCAGGCCAGGCACCCAGGUCCCCGGGGGCUUGGAGCGGCCGCUGGUCCUGGCGCUCCUGCUCGCGUCCGCCACCGUGUCCAGCGCUGUGGUGCCGAUUCAGUCAUCAAGCCAGACUGAAUUCAAGGAAGACAUUUCCACUGCAAAUGCGAGUGCAGUUUUAACACCUGAAAAACAAACCGAACCUCCUCUUCCCCAGAUCAGCACCACUCUCCCUCCCACCACCAGUCCGGAGAAGAGUGGGGGGGCAUCUGUCUCCCCUCAUCCCUCACCAACCACUUCCCUGUCCCAAGAGGAAGCUGAUCGCAAUGAAGACCCUAGCAUAGAAGAGGAGGAUCUUCUCGCGCUGAAUAGCUCUCCAUCCACCGCCAGAGACACUCUGGACAACGGGGAUUACGGAGAGACAGACUACGACUGGACCACCAGCCCCAGGGACGACGAGCCCAGUGAGGCGUUGGCGGAAAACAGGGGCUACGUGGAGAUUGAACAGUCUGUGAGGUCUUUCAAGACCCCAUCCUCAGAUAUAGAGGAGGAAGACAGCCAUUUCUUUUUUCAUCUUCUUAUUUUUGCUUUUUGCAUUGCUAUUAUUUAUAUUACAUAUCACAACAAAAGGAAGAUUUUCCUCCUGGUUCAGAGCAGGAAAUGGCGUGAUGGCCUUUGUUCCAAAACAGUGGAGUAUCAUCGCCUAGACCAGAACGUUAACGAGGCAAUGCCUUCUCUGAAGAUUACCAAUGAUUAUAUUUUUUAAAGCUGUGUGAUUUGAGUUUGCUUAUGUAAUUUUAUUUGCUUGACUUUUUAUAAUAUACUGUGCAGAGGUAUGCCAUAGGCAAUUGGUAUUAAAUGAGAGGUGGGUCUCUCUUUAUUUUGCCUUGGUGCUUUGGAAAUUAAAUGUCACAAACAAGGAGUGUAUAAUUUUUUCUGCACACUUUCAGAGGUGAAUUCAAUCAGGUGUCCAAAGUGUGGAGCUAAGCAUUUCCUGUUAGUUUUCAUUGUUUUAGAUGUCUUUAUUUUACUUCUGGAAGUAUUAGUAACGCUACUUUUAAGAGAUCCCAAACUUGUGACUAAAUUCUAGCAUACCUGGUACUGCUGACUCAGAUUUUUUUCCUGCCAUCCAAAUCCUGUUUUUAAGGACACUUUUUUCUCCCAAACUGUUACUACAAGGAUGUAUGUAAUAAUAUUUUGCAUAUAAGUAACAUUUUUGUUCUCCAGAAAAAUUGCUUUGGAUAUUUUUGGAUAAUUUAAACAUAAUUUAAGAUAAACAUAAUUUUAGAUAAUGAUAAUAUUCAAUCUGAUCACAAUUUUAGGUCAAUUAAUAAACGUUUCUAGAAAUUCUGGCACUAGAGACUGCAGUUUGCAGUGGACAUGGGUAAAAUGUUAUAGAGAUAUUAUUUUUUGGUUUGAAUUACUGAAUUAAAUUUAGAGAUAGAAAUUGUGGUAAAAUAUUAAUACAUGUACAAUUGCUUUUAGUUAGCAAUUGAUUAUAGCACGGGUUCCUCCAAGCUUUCAGGCAGGGGGCAGAGUUUAGAAUUAUAUCAGAAUUUUUCACUUUGUUUAUUUUUUUUAGUAAUUUUGAAUAAAUUUUGGGGGCCAUUGUUACUUAAGUAAUAUUAUGUUUAGGGCUUUCAAAUUAGAAUUGAGCCUGAACGGAGGUGUGUGCGUAGAGACUGUAUGUGCACACCGACGUCUUCUCCCGCUGUACUUGUCUCCCUUUUUAUUUAAACCGCGAUGGGAAAUCACUUACUGCAUUUUAGUUUGGCCUGUCUAUCAUAAAGAAUUGAUCAGUGUGUAAAUACGUGAUUUGAUCCGUGGUCGACGUACAAGUGUCACUAUAGCCUUUGGAAAACGUAACCCCUGAUGUGCGUCAAACACCCACUCACGAAGCCCGGCGAGCGAGGAGGCACGUGCUCCGCGCAGAGGUGGGGGCGGCGGGGCGGUCUGUCCUUUCUCGCUGUGGACAGCUUACUGUCCUAACACGAAAGGGGAGCACAGCGGAAAUACGCCUGCACUGUUUUAUUGCAGUCAUUUUUUUUAUAUCUGAAAUUGUAUUAUUUAAUAUUUUGAAUAAGAUUUCAAAAAAUAAAUGGCAAACAUAUAUCAA